AUGUGGAGGCUCAAGGUUGCAGAUGGAGGCAAUGAUCCCUACAUCGACAGCACCAACAACUUCGUGGGAAGACAGAUAUGGGAGUUUGAUCCUGACUAUGGAACCCCAGACGAGCGAGCUGAGGUCGAAGCAGCUAGAGAAAAUUUCUGGAAAAAUCGGUUUCAGGUUAAGCUCAGCAGUGAUCUUCUCUGGCGAAUGCAGAAAAUGUGGAGGCUCAAGGUUGCAGAUGGAGGCAACGAUCCCUACAUCGACAGCACCAACAACUUCGUGGGAAGACAGAUAUGGGAGUUUGAUCCUGACUAUGGAACCCCAGAAGAGCGAGCUGAGGUCGAAGCAGCUCAAGAAAAUUUCUGGAAAAAUCGGUUUCAGGUUAAGCUCAGCAGUGAUCUUCUCUGGCGAAUGCAGUUUGCAAGGGAGAACCCAUGUGUCACAAACUUGCCACAAAUCAAAGUUCAAGAUUUGGAAGAAGUGACGGAGGAGGUGAACGAAGAUGGAGGUUGGGGGCUACACAUUGAGGGCCCGAGCACCAUGUUUGGUACUGUGCUAAACUAUGUUACUCUAAGAUUGCUUGGUGAAGCAGAUUUUGGUGCAGAAGGAGCUAUCUUCUUCGUGGUAGCUCAUCAUAGAAUUUAUUGUAGAGCACCGUAG